CGGCGGCUCCUCCCCGGGGCCGGGGCGCCGUUUAAGGCGCUGCCCGAGGGGGGGCGGCCCCGGUCGGGGCCCCUCUCGCUGCAGUGCCCGGCCAUGGCCCGCGACCGCGGCCCGCCCGUGGUGCGGCCGCCCGGCCCCGCCGCGCUGCCCGCGGAGCCCCGCGGCUGGGGCUGGCUGGGCGCGGGGCUCUGGCCCGCGGGGCUCCUGCCCGCGCUGCUCGUGGGGCUGCUGGCCGCCGUCCUCGCCUGGUUCUGGUACGGCGGCAGCGACGGCAGAGGCGAGGAGGGCGGAGAGGCGGCGGCGGCCGGCGGAGAGGGGCCCCGGCGGGCGAGCGCAGAGCCGGCGGCCACAGGGGAUGCCGAGGCGAGCGCGGAGCCGGGGCGGCGGGAGGUCGCGGCUGCUGUGCCCGGCGCUCCGAAGGCAGGAAGGGAUCUGGCGGCUGGUCCGAGGGAAGAGAUCAACCACGUCCCGAGCGGGGGAGUUUCGGGUGAAGCUGUGGAGGUGGAGCGGCUGAUCCCGAAGCGGGACGCCACCGGCGCCAGGGAGCAUCCAGAUGAUACGGCCGGCAGCCAGGUAGGGGAACUGCGAGCUCAGGUGGGCCAGGCAAGUGACGGAUGGUGCGUGAUGAACUUGGCAGGAGCCUCUGAGGAUGACUGUAAGGACAGAAGUGAGGAGCAGCCGGGUCAGCCAGCUGAGAGUAGGGACUUGGACCACGAAGAGUGGGAAGUUGUUUCUGAGCACCUGGUCGAGGGGGGGGCCGGCAAGGAUGGCAGCAUGGAAGACUCCGACAGCAGGGAAUGGGAACAAGGAGACUGCUGCGAUGGGGACUCGAAAGCCAAGAGGGUUGCAGCCGUGCCCCCCAUGUUCCAGAACAUCCACAUGGCUUUCCGUGUGCACUACAUCACACACUCCGAGGCUCAGCUCAUCGGUGUCACCGGGGACCACGAGUGUCUUGGCCAGUGGCACAGCUAUGUUCCCCUCAAGUGUGACAAGGAUGGCUUCUGGUCCGAGUCCAUCAGUCUGCCUGCAGACACCAGACUGGAGUGGAAAUUUAUCUUGGUGGAGAACGGGAAGGUCAGACGCUGGGAAGAAUGCGGUAAUAGAACCCUAGUGACUGAACAUGAAGAUCAAAUUGUUCAUCAGUGGUGGGGAUACCAUUAACGGGAUGUUGGAAGCUGCUGAUCUAGUGGCAAACCUGCCUAGAUGAGUCACCGAGCCCCUAAACCUUAGGGGGGGCUCCCCUUCUUCAGUAGGAGACCCUCUCCAGUGCAGAGCUCUGGAAAUCCUGUAUGGAACCCAGCUAAACCAACCUGUGAGCAGCAGAUCUCUGCCGUCCCCUUUAGGAAAUCAUAUGGCAACCCGAAAAAUCAACUGCAAACACGUGCUGAAGAGAUACGAGGUAGGCUGAGAAGGCACGAGCAGCAUUCCAAGCACCUGCCUGUCCAGGUAAAUCUGGACCCCGGACUUGAGUUGGUGUUGCUUUGAGUGGGGCUAUGGGAUGCACGGUGGUACCGACGGCUUGGGCUUGGGAAGCGUGCUGGGAAGUGUGGUUACCAACACUGUAAUAGCAACCUAAGUGUUUUCAUUUAUGUACUGUAUUAAGUAAACAAUAAACACUUUCGGAUUGACAGCCUGUUACCAGCUGA